AUGGAAGAACAGGUGUUCAAGGGAGAUCCCGACACCCCGCAUUCCGUCUCCUUCUCAGGCAGUGGAUUCCUCUCCUUCUACCAGGCUGGGGCUGUGGAUGCCCUGCGGGACCUGGCCCCCCGGAUGCUGGAAACGGCCCAUCGUUUCGCUGGGACAUCAGCAGGUGCCGUGAUUGCAGCCUUGGUCAUCUGUGGGAUUGAAAUGGAAGAGUACCUCAGAGUCCUCAAUGUGGGUGUGGCUGAGGUGAAGAAAUCCUUCCUUGGGCCCUUGUCUCCGUCCUGCAAAAUGGUGCAGAUGAUGAGGCGGUUUCUGUACCAGGUCCUGCCGGAGGACUCCUACAAGGCCGCUACGGGGAAGCUCCACGUGUGCCUCACCCGCUUGACUGACGGCGAGAGUGUCGUGGUUUCAGAGUACACAUCCAAGGAAGAGCUCAUUGAGGCCCUGUACUGCAGCUGCUUCGUCCCCGUGUACUGUGGCCUCAUCCCCCCGACCUACCGUGGCGUGAGAUACAUCGACGGGGGCUUCACAGGCAUGCAGCCCUGCUCCUUCUGGACAGACUCCAUCACUAUCUCCACCUUCAGUGGGCAGCAGGACAUCUGUCCCCGGGACUGUCCCGCCAUCUUCCAUGACUUCCGCAUGUUCAACUUCUCCUUCCAGUUCUCCCUGGAGAACAUCGCCAGGAUGACCUAUGCACUCUUCCCCCCGGACCUGGUGAUCCUGCAUGACUACUACUACCGGGGGUAUGACGACGCGGUUUCCUACUUGAGGCGGCUGAAUGCUGCCUACCUUAAUUCUCCCUCCAAGAGAGUGAUCUUCCCCCGGGUAGAAGUGUACUGCCAGAUAGAACUCGCCCUUGGCAAUGAGAACCGCGAACUCAGUCAGCCAAGCCUCCAGUCACAGCAGCCCAGUCUGGAAGGAUCUACAGAACUUCAUAAGCAGUGGGCUCCCAAAGGGGAUGGAAAGGGUGGCCAUAUUCCACCUGUGUCCCCACCUGUGCAAACACCAGCUCCCACCUGUGAGUGGCUUGUGGAGUCACCUGUUUUACUACCUGUCUCUUCAUCUGAGCAGUUACCUGCAUUGCCACUCGCCUCAUCAGUGCCACAUUCUCCAGCUGACUGGCCACCCAGAUCACUCUCAGCUAUGCAUUCACCACCUGGCUCACCAAUGCCCCUCACACCACCUGGGCUGUCACCUGUGUCACCUCAGCAGCAGGUACAACCAUCUGGAUCACCACCCAGACUCCCACCCACCCAGACACCUAUAUCACCCAGAUCAUCCCUGGGUCCUUCAGCUGUGAUUAGACCUCUGACAUCAUCAUCACCUACACAGCCACCCUUGGAGGACCCAGGACAGUUCCCAGAGCCUCAAGCUGUCACCCUGACACCCCUUACCUCCACAAAUCAAAAAAGCGCAGUGCCUCUGGUUAACACGAGGGAAACCAUCAGCAAGUCUUAUGUAAUGGAGAGCCCUGCUGAAGAAUCAAACUGGGUGAAUAAGGUCUUCAAGAGGAACAAACAAAAGACAAGUUGCCCCAGAAAAGGCUUCCCGAGACAUACAAAAUCCAAAAAGCCAAGCAGCAAAGUGCAGUGA